AUGAAUUUCCUUUUCCUCAAAAAAGGUAACGACGUUACUUUCACCAACGUCAUCAUAUCACUAGGAAAUGCUUUUGAAAUGGAAAUAGUUUUCAAUCGCAUUUUCGAUUACCUAAACGAUUUGAGUCGCCGAAUCUAUGUUCCUCUGGGAGAAAUCAUGUUAAACUUUAACCAAAAUCACUUUCACGAAUUGGCGGAAUCGACGCAAAUAUUCGUUCCCUUCUUAAACGAUGUCAAAAUGGUCUUCAACGAUAGGAUUAACGCUUCCGUGGUCAAAUCUCUCAUAUCAAAGUCCAAAAAAUGUUCGCAAAAGGACCCAACACAAUCUUUUAAUAUCGACAAUAACCCUAUCAUGUCGUUAUCGAUGGACGACGAAAUGAGUUUCAACAAUUAUAGUUCCUCAACUGGAAGCUACCUAGAAGAUCACCCUAAGAAGAAUACUCAAUUUUCCCCUCCAACAAAUCGUAAUAAUAAUAAGCCAAAACUCACAUGUGUCAAUAUUCAGCCUUUAGAAUUAACCUUUCACCAACCCAAUUACAUCCACAUGGAUUAUUGGUAUUAUUCUCACGAAAAUCCAUCUUCAAGUAAUACAGAUUUCGAUGCUAACCAAAAUCCCAAAACAAAACCAAAACUUAAUAAUUCUUGCAAUAAUCCCGAAAGUAAUUUCAACAAAAAAUUUGAAAGACAAUUCGACAAAUUAGAAGAACGAUUAGACAACGUUAUCCACCACAAGACAAAUAUUCGGAACAAAGACUUGAAUAGCAAAAUCCCUAAAAAUCCAGAAAUUAUUCACGAUAAAGCUUGUCCCGAUUCGUUAGAAAAUAUUAUUAUGGGGAUGAUGGAGCGGAAGGAACGUUUACACAAGCGGAGCAUUAAAGCUGGUUCCCGCUUUCAGUACAUGAGGGUUAAUCGGGAAUCGACUCCGACAUCUAACAACUUGCUAACCUUACGUUGCGGUAUCAAAGAAAAGAAACAAACAUUCAAAAAUUUGGGCAAGAAAAGCAAGAUAAAUGAAAACUCUAUACUAUCCCAAAACAACGUGCAAAGAUUAGUAGUUUGCUCCACCAAGAGUUUGACCCAUCCUUUGAAAGUAAUCGUUGACGGGGUUGAAUGGAACGGGGUGAAGUUUUUUCAGGUCUCUUCACAGUGGCAAACUCACAUCAAGUAUUUUCCCCUUUUGCUCUCACCUGCUCAACCUAUACCUUCCAACACCUAAGGGAAAUUCAAAGAAACCUAAUAAAUUACCAUAUUUUUUUUUUUUUAUAAAACACCAUAAAAUGUAAAUUUUUAAAAAGCGAAACAAAUAUUAAUAA